ACGCGUAUCAUUAGUUACAACAAUUACUUUAAAAGUGUUGGAUGAUAGGUUUUAACCGGAUAUCCGGUAUAAAACUUUCUGGAAGCUUUCGAAAUUUCGUGUUCUGAUUGGCUCUCGAUGCGAAUUCAAAUCGUGGCUUUUUUCUUAUUGGUGGAUUGUUUUAAUGGUAAUUUGGUGGGGGGAAGGUCUAUAUAAAGAGAAGUCAUACAGUUUGGAUUUAGUUGCGGUGUAAAUUUCAACGGUGAAGAUCUCCACGAAAAAGUGCAAGAAUAAGUGUGGUUAAAAUAGUUUUUAGUUGGAAAGUUACCAGAUAAUCGCAAUUAUGGCGAGCGAACAUGUGAUAGUUGCUCUAAAAGAAUCACACCCCAAGAAGCUUUUAGCUGAUAGACGUAGUAGCUCAUGGAUGUUAUCUGAAAACUCCAUCCAACCAUCAAAUGAUUCAAUUCCUAAAAGUGAACACGCAAUGGAAUUCGAUCAUGUUUUCGAUCGUGAGGCUACAAAUAAGUUAAUUUUUGAUUCAGUGGUACUCCCAUUAAUAACUGCAACAGAGCAAGGCUACAACAGUACUGUUUUUGCUUAUGGACCAUCAGCAACUGGAAAAUCCCACAUGAUGGAAAAAACUGUUCAAGAUCCAGGAAUUAUUUCGAGAACGAUCGACGAAAUCUUCCAAUUAGCUUCCAAAGAUUCCAAAAAUGAUCACUAUUUAAUUAGAUGCUCUUUUUUCAUGAUUCACUACAACAAAGUUUACGAUUUGAUGAGAUUCCUCGAAAAAGAAGUUGAUGUCAAGAAGCUUGAGAAUGAGCAAAUGGUGAUUUGUGCUAGGGAAGCUGUGAUUUCAACGAAAGACCAAGCAUUUGAUAUACUUAAUUUGGGAAUGAGGAAUAGAUCUUUAUAUGUCACAAAGUGUAGACUCAACAUUAAACACUGCGAUAUGGUGUUUCGUUUUUUUUUUUAUCUCAUCCGAAAAUAA